AAUUGAUAAAAUUCAGAUAAAUCGUCGAUUAGUAGAGCACUGUGGUAAGCGACGAUAAAAUAAGAGUGACCGACUCCCGCGCAGUUCGGCCACAGUCACAAUGAGAACGUUGAAGAUUGUAGGCAUUGUUGUAGCGGUCCUCAUCAGCCUGGGGCUUGUCAUAGGCAGCAUAACAUGGGCCGUGUUAGCAUCACAGGAAACGCCCCCUGAGCCACCAGAGCUGAUUGACCUGGAUUGGUGGCAACACUGCGUGCUAUACCAGAUCUACCCGAGAUCUCUUAUGGACAGUGAUGGUGAUGGAAUCGGUGACUUGAAAGGCAUCACCAGCAGACUGGAGCACUUCGUAGACGCUGGUGUUGACGCCAUAUGGAUGUCCCCCAUCUUCACCUCGCCCAUGGUGGACUUCGGAUACGACAUCAGCGACUUCUACGACAUACACUACGAGUACGGCACCAUGGAUGACUUCAGGGAACUACUGAAGAAGGCGCAUGAACUCGGUCUCAAAGUACUUUUGGACUUUGUGCCGAAUCACGCAAGUACUGAAGCAGAAUACUUCAAGAAAUCUGUGGCCGGUGACCCUACAUAUAAAGACUUCUUCAUGUGGGCUGAUCCACUGUGGGUCGACCCGGAGAACGAGACCAACAGACUGCCACCCUCGAACUGGGUCAGUCAAUUCGGUGGAUCCGCGUGGGAAUGGAACGAGGAACGUCAACAGUUCUACCUUCAUCAGUUUGCUGUAGUACAAGCAGACUUUAACUUUAGGAACCAAGCAGUCAAAGACGAGAUGUUCAACAUCAUGAAAUUCUGGCUAGACGAAGGUGCUGACGGAUUUAGAGUAGACGCCCUACCAUAUCUCAUGGAAGCUGAUCCCGCAGACCAUGAUGGAAGAUAUCCUGAUGAUCCGCUCAGUGGCAUUAUGCAAUUUGAACCACACCAAUUAGGUUACACCAUUCCACUAUAUACCAAAGAUUUGAUAGAGUUGUAUCCAAUAGUGUACGAAUGGAGGGAUUUCGUUGAUGAUUAUAACAAGAAACACCAAGGUACCACCAGGGUACUGUUUUCGGAGGCCUACGCCAACGUUUCUAUGACGAUGCUCUACUACGGCAACGAGGCAGGUGACAUCGGAGCACAUUUCCCCUUCAACUUCGAUUUCAUCACUGAACUAAAUGCAGAGUCCAACGCCAGGGAUUUCGUUUAUACCAUCCUGAGAUGGCUGACGUACAUGCCCUACCGCGCAGUAGCUAACUGGGUCUUCGGUAAUCACGACAACAACAGAAUGCCAACAAGAUUUCGCCAUGAUAUGGUGGAUGGAUUGAAUGCCGUCAACAUGAUGCUACCAGGAGUAGCAGUGACGUAUCAGGGUGAAGAGAUCGGCUUGAGGGACGGGUAUGUCAGCUGGGAAGACACGGUAGACGUGGAGGCCCUAAACAGGGGUGACAAUGAGACCUACAUGUUAUACUCGAGAGAUCCAGCCAGGACACCAUACCACUGGGACGAUACUACGAGCGCUGGCUUCUCCACUAAUGAGACGACCUGGCUGCCUGUCGCUGAAGAUUAUCCCGAAUUAAAUCUAAAGAAACAAAAGGAAGCUGAAAGGAGUCACUUUAAGGUAUCAUUGCGAUCAUACUAAAU